AUGGGUUCCUCCUCCACUCUUACGCUCACUCUGAUACAAAUGAGUGUUGUGACAGAUUCUCCUGUACAUUCUUCUGGUAGUGAUGACUUUGCUGCGUAUCUCGACGAAGCACUAGAUGCAAAUUCAUCCAACUCAUCCUCAGAUGAAGAAGCUGAAGGCAAAAAUGAGUUUGAGGAUGUCAGGUGCUCUUCAUCACCCAUUUCAUAUUACAUGAAUAAUGACACUAGUCAAGUUGUUUCCAGCAAUAAAAGACGUAAGUUUGAAAGUACUGAAGAAACUGAGGGGUCUACUUCAGAAGGAAUUGUGAAACAUGAAUCAGAGUCAUCCGUGAAGGUAGAUGUUUGUACACAUCCUGGCUCAUUUGGAAACAUGUGUAUAUGUUGUGGGCAAAAGUUGGAUGAGGAAUCUGGUGUGACAUUUGGGUACAUACACAAGGGACUGAGACUUCAUGAUGCGGAAAUUUCUAGACUGCGUAAUACAGACAUGAAGAAAUUUUUAUACAGUAGAAAACUUUACUUGGUUCUUGACCUGGAUCACACAUUGUUAAAUACCACUAUCCUUAGUCAUUUGAGUCCAGAAGAGUUGCAUUUACAUAAUGAGACAGAUUCUCUAGAAGACGUCUCCAAAGGUAGCCUCUUCAAAUUGGAACAUAUGUGUAUGAUAACCAAGUUGAGGCCCUUUGUCCGUACGUUUCUUAAAGAAGCAAGUGAAAUGUUUGAGAUGUACAUCUACACCAUGGGUGAUAGGCCAUAUGCAUUGGAGAUGGCCAAGCUCCUUGAUCCUCAAGGAGAAUACUUCAAUGGUAAAGUGAUUUCUCGAGAUGAUGGGACUCAAAAGCAUCAGAAGGGUCUCGAUAUUGUUUUUGGGCAAGAAAGUGCUGUAUUAAUUCUCGAUGAUACAGAACAUGCAUGGAUGAAGCAUAAAAGCAAUGUGAUACUUAUGGAAAGAUACCAUUUUUUCGCUUCAAGUUGUCGGCAAUUUGGCUUCAAUUGCAAAUCUCUUGCUGAAACGAAGAGCGAUGAAAAUGAAAUUGAUGGAGCACUUGCAAAAAUACUUGAAGUGCUAAAGCAAAUCCAUAGCACAUUCUUUGAUAAACUUCAAGGAGAUCUUGUUGACCGAGAUGUGAGGCAGGUUUUGUCAUCAGUUCGAGGUGAAAUAUUAAGUGAAUGUGUGAUCGUUUUCAGUCGUAUUAAUCAUGGUGCAUUGCCAACUCUUCAGAGAGUUGCACAGCAAAUGGGAGCCACCUGUUUGACAGAACUUGACCCCACAGUAACACAUGUGGUUGCUACUGAUGCUGGAACUGAGAAGUCCCGAUGGGCAGUUAAAGAAAAGAAGUUUCUGGUUCAUCCUCGAUGGAUAGAGGCUGCAAAUUACUUUUGGCAAAAACAACCAGAGGAGAACUUUGGUCUAAAAAAGCCGACUAACAACUCGUAG